AUGAAGGCGACACUCAUCUUGGCUACUAUCACUGCUUUCGCAGCUAAUGUGGCUGGCCAUGCAACCUUUCAAGACCUCUGGGUCAACGGCCACCAAGGGACCUGUGCUCGACUCCCGACCAGCAACAGCCCGGUCACAGAUGUGACAAGCACCAAUAUCAGAUGCAAUGUCAAUCAAGGCUUCGCUGCUUCCAAGUGCAGCGUCGUUCCCGGCGAUACUGUUACUAUCGAGAUGCACCAGCAGCCGAAUGACCGAUCAUGCUCGAAUGAGGCUAUUGGCGGAGCUCACUAUGGUCCUGUUCUAGUGUAUAUGAGCAAAGUCUCCGACUCGUCCACUGCUGAUGGCUCGACCCCCUUCUUCAAGAUCUACGAAGACACAUGGGCCGAGAACAUUGCUGGUGGAAGUGGUUCAGAUGAUUACUGGGGUACGAAGGACCUCAACAAGCACUGCGGCAAGUUGGAUGUCAAGAUCCCCACUGGUCUUGCUCCAGGUGAUUACCUGCUGAGAGCGGAGGUAAUCGCGCUACACACCGCAGGCGGCAGCAGCGGUGCACAAUUUUACCUCACUUGCUACCAACUCACAGUCGCUGGAAGUGGCACGACCAACCCGACAGGUGUCAGCUUCCCGGGCGCGUACAAGGCAUCGGACCCUGGUAUUUUAAUCAACAUCUAUCAGAAGCUCACCCAAUAUGUCUCGCCCGGACCUGCUGUCAUCUCUGGAGCCUCUGAAAGUCCUGUCAUUUAG